CGACCGAAGCGACCUGCAGCCCCGCCUACACUGCAGUCUAUUCAUAUCGCACGUCGCCUGUCGAGUAUGAAGCCUCCAGUCUCCGCAAUGUCUGGCCCUCGCUUCAUCCUCUCCCACCCUUCACACACACCACAAUGGCGUCCUCAGUAUACGACUUUGCCAUUGUCGGAGGUGGCCUCUCGGGCUGCGUCCUCGCAAGUCGUCUUCACGAAUACGACCCGGAAGCCAAAAUCCUCCUCCUCGAAGCCGGCGGGGAGACGCGCGACCGUCCAGAGGUGCGCGAGCCCCAGGUCCUGAACCUGGGCGGCGACCUCGACUGGGCCUAUGAGUCAGAACCCGUGUCGCAUCUUGGCGGUCGCACUGUCACGCUGAACGCGGGCAAGGGACUCGGUGGCAGUUCGGCCAUCAACUCCUGUGGCUGGCAGCGCGGUGCCGCCGCCGACUAUGACGAGUGGGCUGCGCUCGUGGGCGACGAGCGGUAUAGCUACAAGGGACAGCUGCCGUACUUUCGAAAGUCGGAGAGGUCCUUUGACGACGUGAACCCGGAGCACCAUGGCAAGGAUGGCAAUAUCCACGUCAAGACAUCGGGUGCUGCGAACCGCAUCUACCCCCUCAGCAAGCAGAAUGCUGCGGCGUGGGAGGAGCUUGGCGUGACUGGCGUGCCAAACCUGGACCAGAACGCUGGGCAGAACCUUGGCCGCGCGUAUCUCUGUGAGGCAAGGCGUGAGGGAAAACGCCAGUGGGCGGCUGACGCGUACGCGCUCGAGGGGGUCGAGGUGCGGUUGAACACGCUUGUCGCCAAGAUUGUGCUGGACAAUAGUGACAGCGUUGUGAGAGCCACUGGCGUGGAGCUGGCGGAUGGCACGUCCAUUGCGGCCAAGGAGGUCAUUGUGUCCGCUGGUGCUUUCCGCUCGCCCCAGCUGCUGCUUUUAUCGGGCGUUGGCCUGGCUGAGGAUUUGAAGCAGGUUGGCAUCGAGCCUGUUGUCGACCUACCCGAGGUGGGCCAAGGGCUGAUGGACCAUAUGCUGUUCUUCCAGCACUGGCGGGUCAAGGAUCCCUUGGCCGGAUACACCAUGGGUUCUCCGAAUGAGCUAUGGGCUCAGCCUCAGUAUGCGCAGGGCAUGCCCUUUGACUGGAUCGUCAACACGGGUGUACCAGAGGAUGAGCUGAAGGCGGCCAUCAAGAAGGAUGAGGGGUCGGAGCCGGACAGCACCACGCAUAGCCUUCUCAAGACCCCUCGCACCUUUUUGGAGUACAUUGUGGCCUAUGUCAAGCUGCCGUUUCCCGGCACGACGAUGGAUGCGGAACACAUCACGACCGGAGUGGUCUCUUUUCUGCCCACCUCGCGUGGAUCAGUGUCCUUGAGGUCGAGUAACCCUCAAGAGCAACCAAAGAUUGACAUGAACUAUCUCUCCACCGAGGUGGACAGAUUUGUGUAUCGGCAGGGCCUUCGAAACAUCACCAAGUUUAUGCUGGGCACCCAAUUCUCUGAAUAUGUUUCUGGGGAGACUGUUCCUGAUAUCCUCCCCGCCGAGCCUGCCACUCUCGAGGAUAGCGACGAGAAGCUGGAUCAGAGACUGGCCAUGGCUAGCGGAACAACGUGGCACGCCUGCGGCAGCUGUGCCAUGGGCAAGGUGGUUGACACUGCUUUUCGUGUUCACGGUGUCGAGGGCCUCAGGGUUGUCGAUGCCUCCGUGUUCCCUGUGCCACUGAGCGCACAUAUCCAGGCGCCCCUGUAUGCGUUGACGGAGCAAGCCGCUGCCAUGAUUGCAGGCAAGGCUUGAGCACAGUCGGCUUUCAUCGAGGAGGUUAGACAAGUUCGAUUUCAAAUUGGUCACCUUUGUUGCAUCCUUGAAGCGCCUGCGGGGAUAUGCACUUCCAGUGGUAUCUGGUAUCUGGUAUCUUGUGCUACCCCAUGAUCAAAGUAACCCUCUUGCAGAUAGACCUUUUGCGAGGCUCCCUGCACGCCCCUCCACGAUCUCUGUCUGUCAACCCGAACCUGGCGAUGGCGCCACCUGGCAGCCCACCACUACAUCGUAGCCAGUGCAGCCGUCCACUCACAAAAGCCCGUCUUUGUUUGCCUCCUGCCAAUUCACCAAGCGUGAGCCCCCGAAAAUUUGCUUGUAAUAGGGUCCGCGCGCCUUGACGGGGCUCCACAGUG